AUGCUUCAGGCGGCUCUUGAUUGGGCUUGUGGGCCAGGGAAGGUUGAUUGUUCGGCGUUGAUGCAGGGUGAAGAGUGUUAUGAGCCUGAUGAUGUGAAGAUGAUGAAAGCUUCAGGGAGCUGUGAUUUUAAAGGAGUUUCUACCGUUACAUUUACUGAUCCAAGUAGAGGGACUUGUGUAUUCCCUGGAAGUGCUAAAAGCAAUCAGACACUCGGACACAACACAACGGAGUUGGCUCCUUCAGCGAACUCCACAACCUCUGGAUGCUUCCCACACCCUCAAGCUUCUUUCGUUAACUUAACAUUCCUCUCGCUUAUACUGCUCUUUGCCUUAGUAUUCUUGUAG